CCAAAGCGACGCUGCCACGUCAAAAUGUUUCAGAAAUACAGCACAGUGGCAAAUGUUUUUCACUUUUAUUUGGACCAUGAAGGCACCGAGAAAAAUUUAGCCACAGAGCAGGACAGGUGAGCCAACGGAGGAGGAAGAUUGUUGGUGGAUUGUUGCAGACUAGGCUGCGCUCCUUAUCUCAACGGAAACUUCUAAAGUAGUUUAUCUGGGUGUGUCAGCAGGUAACAGUGCACGUCUGCAGGUUUCUCUCAUAGCCUGCUUUCCCAGAAAAGACUGAAGCUGAGUGGAGUUACUGUAGGAGGGUUUUGGAGGGGGGGCAUCGAUGGGUGUUGGAGCUCACUGGAGACCCGCGGCCCGCUCCAGAGUCGCAGCGCACAGAGCAGAGUGGCGCGCAGGUUUCUCCCGGCGCCACUGUUGGGAGCGACUUCUCAGACGGAUCCACUCCUCUCUGUGGGAGGCCAUCCUCGGGUUCCUGUUCCUCCUGUGGGUCUGCUUCAUCUACCUGCCGGACCCGUUUGCGUCUCCCCCCGAGGAGGAUCCGGUGACGCUCCUGAUUUGGACUCAUCCGUUCGGCGAAUACCGAGAACUCCCGGACUGCUGGGAGCUCUAUCAGAUCGACGGGUGCACGCUCACGGACGACGAGCGUGCGUACCCCGAGGCCGACGCCGUGAUCAUCCACCACCGGGAGAUCGCCACCCUAAACGUCGAUCUGCCACCGGAGCCGCGGCCACAUGCUCAAAAGUGGAUCUGGCUGAACUACGAGUCUCCCUCGCACACACCCAGACUCUGGCUUUUUGAGGGUAUUUUCAACCUCACGAUGAGCUACAGGACAGACUCGGACAUCUUCCUGCCGUACGGUUACCUGGUUCCCCGUGAGCGCGCACUCACUGGUACCCGGAGCCGCUUUACGCACCCGCUCCGUGGACCCGCCCACUCAGACUUCCGCCGGCCCCGCCUCGUGGCCUGGGUCGUCAGCAACUGGUCGGAGUCACACGCACGCGUGUCCCUGUUCCACAAGCUCCGCCGGUUCGUCCACGUCGAUGUGUUCGGACGCGUCGGUCGGUCCUUACCGAAGGGCAGCGACAGCGUGGUGCAGCUGCUCCGACGGUAUUUAUUCUACCUGGCGCUGGAGAACUCGUUGCACACCGACUACAUCACGGAGAAGCUGUGGAACGCGGUUCUGGCCGGUGCCGUCCCGGUGGUCCUGGGGCCGCCCAGGAAGAGCUACGAGCGCUUCUUGCCCCCGGAAGCCUUCAUCCACGUGGACGAUUUCACCACAGUGCAGGAUCUGGCCCGGUACCUGCUAAUGCUGAGGAGCAAGCCGGCCCUGAUGAGGAGGCACCUGGACUGGAGGGGGCGCUAUAGCGUGCACCGGCCGGUGUUCUGGGGGGAACACUUCUGUACGGCCUGCAAGGCUGUGAGGAAGAGCAAAGACAGGACUGAUGUGGUCAAAGACUUGACUCUCUGGUUUCACUCGUGAAAAAGACUGUGACCUGGUUGACCUGGAGGACAAUCUGAGAGAUAAGACUCUCUCAGUAACAGACUCACUGUCCACCUGCUGCUUUCAAAGUUUACAAAUGAAAUCUAUUUAUACUUGGAAGAUUUUGAUUGUAUUAAAUUCAUGUGCAUUUGAUUAUACUGUGAUGACUGAAAUGAAAUGAAGGUCACUGAUUUUC